AGCUUCUUAGACGAAUUGUAUUUUUGUUCCUGUGUCAAAAGACUGCUAGCUGAUAACAGGCUACGGUAGCCGUCUGUGGCAGUUAGCUAUCGAGCAAAACAACUUUAUCAGACGAAAUUGACAACACAUUGGACUUUAAAACUUUUAGACGGCACAUUUCAUCUGAGGACAACAUCGGAUAGCAGUUUCACAAAGGAAAGCUCUGGAGAAUAGUUUAGAUAGUUUCAUUACUCGGCAAGCCCAUCGUUAGCUUAGCCUGGUUUGGUAGCAACACCAGCCGACCGACGUUACAAUUCGUUAUCGGUGGUUUCCGUCGGUCUCGUUGUGGAUCACCGGAUCAGUCUCGUCGUCCGGUUGGGUAGCAGUUAGCCAAGUUUUCUCAUUUGAGACAAAUUUGCUGGCUAUUAUAAAACCCCACACAGCUGGAAAUGAAUUCGAACGUGGAGAACUUGCCGCCUCAAGUGUUGAGACUCGUCUAUAAAGAGGUUUCCGCCUUGGCAGCAGACCCUCCAGAGGGGAUCAAAGUCUACCCCAGUGAAGAGGAUAUCACAGAGCUGCACACUGCCAUUGAGGGCCCAGAAGGAACUCCAUAUGCGGGAGGGGUGUUCCGGAUGCGUUUGGUCCUUGGGAAGGAUUUUCCUGCUGCACCACCCAGAGGCUAUUUCCUUACAAAGAUUUUCCAUCCUAAUGUUGGGCACAAGGGUGAGAUCUGUGUCAAUGUGCUGAAAAGAGACUGGAAGGCAGAGCUGGGCCUGAGACAUGUAUUGUUAACUAUCAAGUGCCUUCUGAUCCAUCCUAACCCAGAGUCGGCCCUGAACGAAGAGGCUGGGAGGUUACUUUUGGAGGACUAUAAGGAGUAUGCAUCCCGUGCUCACCUUCUAACAGAGAUCCAUGCUAUGGGAGGCACGUCAGGGGCCCCUCAAGAGCCUGCUGAUGGACCCCAACCCAAAAAGCAUGCAGGAGACCCAAACAAACGUGUAGCCGGGGCUGGUUUGGUAACAAAUGGUGUUGCCGCCAACAAUUUAAGUAACAGCAGCUCCAGUGGCACGAGCAGUAGCAAUACUAAUAUAGUUGCAAAGAAGAAAACGGAUAAAAAACGAGCUCUGAGGCGGCUAUAAAAGAGAAUGAAUCUGUGCUUUUUGUGUACAUAUAAAUAUUGAAGUGUGCAGACCACCUUUUCUCCUUAAUCUGUUUUACCAUUUUUAGAAUGACACAUUCAUUUUGUCAUGCU